AUGUCAGAUACAGUAUCAAAUGACACAGAAACUGUUACAUUUGCGGUAACUGAUGAACAAGGGAAGGCUGCUCUCCUGUUAAUGUUGAUUGAAAUCGAUAGAGUUACAUUUCGACUUGCGUUGGGUACAAUAGUAUCAGACUUUGGUAUUGCUGGAGCUAAAUUAAUCGGUUCGAUGUUUACAUCCCAAACCGGCCCAGCAUGUUCGAUCACUUUAGCCACAAUUCUAUCAUUAAUUCCGUUCGCCGACAACAUGUAUGGUUGGGAUGAGCCCGAAGGUGGUCAAACAGCAACAAGCAAACACGAUAAGAAUGUUUUAAGGAAUAAGGCCAUUAUAUCAUUAGUGGUUAAAAAGGUUAAUGAGUCAUAUCACCAUUUAUCACGUAAUAAAGCAUUAGGUUCGGCUGAUCAUGAAGUAAAAGAUGAACAGCAGAAACAAAGUCAGCAGCAACCUUCUUUUGGCGAAAAAUUACGAUAUAAUUUGUUAAUCUUAUUGAUUAGUAAAUCAAAAGGAGAUGAAAUAUUGAUUGAAUAUGAUCAAUUUAUGACGGUAAAAGAUGACGAGGAAUUGUUGUCAACAACGCAAACAAUGAAUGAUAAAAAUGAUGGUGAUGCAAAAGUUAAGGAUGACGAGGGCACUCUGGAUCAAUUUAAUAAAAAUGUGUUAUGCAAAAUGUAA